AUGCACACCAUCAAAUCAUGCUCUUCAGCAAAAGUCCGACACCGUAAUUACUCUUGCGGGACGACAUGCCAUUUGGGACAAGCUUGCGCCACCGCCUGGGAGAUCUUCGUGCUAUGGAGUCCGAAAGAGGAAGUGGGAACCUUGACAGGAGACGCAAAGAGGAGAUUGGUCUCGCAUACACCUCUUGCGGCCAUAUUCCACGAGAUACCAAAGUAUACUUACCGAGGUGGGGACGCCAAAGGCACCGACAACGCGGGAGACUUUGCUGAAGAAACUUACUUCGAUAUUUAUAGUAGACAGUCCGUAGUCUGGUCAGUUUAUCUUUUCUUAGUAGUAAAGUUUAUUAUUAGAGUAGCUAUUACUUGUGAUAUUUCUACAAAACUAGAGUACCUAGAUAGUAGAAUAUCGUUGGUAUUUCACGUAAAUCACUUAUGGUAAACAAUUUCUCCUUUCAGCGUCACAGAAGUGAUCACAGACAUAGCUGCUAGUAGAUCGAAAAGCAGUGGUACAUACUGCAUCUUGCUACUUUCUGAUAAAUUGGCGUUGCUAUCAUUAUUGUAGUGUAAGCGCCCGUAAGUAAAAUAGCUGAAAAUUGGGUAGCUACGAGUAUCUGCAACAAGAAGAAAAUCCAACUCUAUGGCAGAGAGUUAGCUAUGAGCUCAAUCCAAACUUAUACAGUAAUAUGUCUUGAAGCAAUUCACGCUUUCUUUGGAACAGGAAAAGAGUCGUUGGCUAUUCUCGAAAAUACAGCUGCAUAUGGACCCGAAACUGCAUCGUUGGUACGUCCGUACGCUCCGCCGUAGGUACUCUUUGUAGGGCCACCAGGGGCCAAGGCGCUUCUUCUUCACCGCCACCCAACCAAUCAAUGAUUCUUCACAAAAUUUUAGCGCAUACCUUUGCCCUUCAACACUACACCACCUCACCAAAAACAUCAUCAGCAAGCAAAUACUCAACCGCAUAAACCUGCGCGCGACUAUGACUUGAACAAGGUAUGUUAACAUCGAAGCCUCUUCCCUUCUCCUUUGUGAUACUAUGAUGAAUCCUUAUUAUUGGAGCUGUCUUAUCUUCAUGAUGACACAAUCUUUAUUACGCAACUUUAUACCUGAACGCAUCCAAAUUCUUCUGCCUGCACGAUUUCCAUCUGUCGUAGGGUCGUAGCUAAUACAAGAUGCUUUACAGAAGCACCGAAUCUUGACGACUUGCGAUUCCUGA